UUUCUGAAUGUACAUGUAACCAGCUGGAACACAACAUGAUUUGGCUUUAAAUGUUGUUUCCACAGAGGUUAUCUUUAUCACUGAAUCUAAUUUGAAGAUACACAGCGGGGAGCUGUGGCUGAAUGAGAUUCCACACUUCGUAGGGGGAACUAAUUGACGGCAUUGCAGCUAAAUUUGAUCUCCAAACUGAUUUGUCACGACUGACUGGAGGAAAAAGAAACACGUGGAAUAUGAUGAUCGCACUGGGGCUUGGUCUUCUGUCUUUAUUGUUUUGUUUUGAGCCUGCAGAGGGUCAGUUUCCUCGUGUUUGCUGCACAGUGGAGGGCAUCCUGUCCAAGCAGUGCUGCCCUGCUCUGGGCUCAAAUCCUGCCAAUGUAUGUGGAUCUCUGUCAGGUAGAGGAAGCUGCACCACUGUACGGAUCGACUCCAAACCUUGGGGAGGACCAUACAGACUGAGAAAUGUUGAUGACAGAGAGAGGUGGCCAACCAAAUUCUUCAAUCAGACUUGCAGAUGUACCGGGAACUUUGCAGGCUAUGACUGCGGACAGUGUAAAUUUGGCUGGACCGGACCUAACUGUGACCAGAGAAAAGCUCCAGUGGUGCGGAAGAACAUCCACUCCUUGACCCCCGAAGAGCUCCAGGAGUUCCUGAACACUCUAGAUCUGGCUAAGACCACCAUCCACCCAGAUUAUAUGAUCGCCAGACAACAUUGGCUCGGACUGCUGGGACCAAAUGGAACCGAGCCCCAGUUUUCCAAUGUCUCCAUCUACGAUUUCUUUGUCUGGCAGCAUUACUACUCAGUUAGAGACACACUUCUUGGUCCAGGUCGCCCAUUCAAAGCUAUAGAUUUCUCCCACAAAGGACCAGCAUUUAUUACCUGGCACAGGUAUCACCUUCUGAGCUUAGAAAGAGAGCUUCAGAGACUGACAGGUAACGAGAACUUUGCGGUCCCGUACUGGAACUUUGCUACGGGACAAAGUGAUUGUGACGUUUGUACGGACUCUCUGCUGGGAGGCAGAAACCCAGACAACCCUUCCCUUAUCAGUAACCAGUCCAGAUUCUCCAGAUGGGGGGUGAUCUGCAACAGUUUGGAUGACUACAAUCGCUUGGUGACUCUUUGCAAUGGCACCACUGAGGGUCUCAUUCAGAGGGGGAUGAUGGAGAGAGCCAACACGUCUCUGCCUACCAUGAAUGAUGUCAGAAGCUGUUUAGGAAUCAGAAACUUUGACAGCCCUCCCUUCUUCACCAACUCUUCCUUCAGCUUUAGAAACGCUCUUGAAGGAUAUGAUAAGCCAGAUGGAGAGUUGGAUGAAACGGUCAAUAACUUGCACAACCUUGUCCACGCCAUGCUCAAUGGAACCAGUGCUUUGUCUCAUUCCGCAGCCAACGAUCCCAUUUUUCUGGUGCUCCACGCUUUCACCGACGCCAUCUUUGAUGAGUGGAUGCGGAGGUUUGUUCCCUCCAACUCCACCUUCCCGGAUGAGAUGGCUCCCAUCGGUCACAACAGGGACUACAACAUGGUUCCCUUCUUCCCUCCAGUCACUAAUGAGGAGAUUUAUGUCACGUCAGAGCAACUGGGAUAUUCCUACGCCAUUUCCUUGGAUGAUGCAGAUGGGGGAACGGCUGUGUUUGUUCUGGGCUCCACUUUAGGAGGCGUCUUCGUUGGUCUCCUGGUGCUUCUCCUUAUCUUUGUGCUCUACCUGCGUCAGAAGAGAAAGAGAGGCUUUGAACCUCUGAUAAAAGCAGAUUUCACGAACAGAAAGUACACCGAGGAAGCCUAGCGUUCACCUGUUGUUCCAAAAUGCACUUCAGUUGCACAUAAACUUACCUCCAAGCGAUAGUUUGCUUGAAAAAAUUAAAAAAAAAAAGAAAAUCCUGUAACUAAUUACACGAUAGAACAAUUUAAAUCAUAAACUAUUUACCAGAGAUUUACAUACACUUUAUAACUGUUAAUUUUAAUACUUGUUUCUGUUUUGCCUUUUACAAACUUUGGAUGGGCAGAUAUCUAUUAAAAAGGUUUUAUUAACAAUUUAUUGUCAAGAACAGUAACAAAACACAAAUGCAGUCAGCUUAAUUGCACUGAUAAAACUGUAAGGCAUAUUUACUCAGCUAACACUCACCCCCUUUCAGUUUGAAAUCACUUUUAAUCUCCAAAAUUUAAAAUUGAUGCUAUUCAGUAAUGCAUUGCGUUUUUGUUUCUUUUUUUUUACAUUUUAUUGCAAAAAUAUUAAAAGUUUAAUGAUACAAAACAUCAAAAGGUCAUCCUGUGAGAUCAAUAGUUGUAAUAAAGGAAUCGCUUUGGGUGAAA